AUGUUCCGCUUUGUACCCAAACGUCUCUUCUCUAAUUGCAGAGUUUUCCUGCAAGAAACUCCUUCUACAAUCGUGAAAUCAUCAUGUCCAGCAGGAACAGUUUUGUCAGUAAACGUGAAGAAGUCGGGCAAAGACCCAGUAGCAUUAGAAGAUAGCGAGUACCCUGCUUGGCUGUGGGAAGUGCUAGACCCAGAAGCACGGGCCAGAAAACUCGCGGAGGACCCAAUGAAACUGCGGAAGAAACAGAUCAGAAAGGCCAACCGGAUGCAGAUUAAGCAAAACAACUUUUUGCAACAACUGUGA